AUGUCAUAUAACAAACUAAAUGUGUUUCAUUGGCAUCUUGUUGAUGAUCAAUCAUUUCCAUUCGAAAGUACUUCUUUUCCUGAGUUAUCUCGAAAAGGAGCAUUUUCACCUGAUCAUGUGUAUACUCCAACAGAUGUUGCUGAUGUUAUUGAACAUGCUCGACUACGUGGUAUUCGUGUUAUACCAGAGAUCGACACACCUGGUCAUACAUUUUCUUGGAGUAAAUCAAUGCCUGAAUUGAUUACUGUAUGUUGGGCAAAUGGAAAACCUUAUCAAGCAAUAUAUGCAGUACAAGGCGAAAUGGAAAUAUUUAAUCCAAGUGAACCACGUGUUUUUACAGCUAUGGAUACCUUACUUCGAGAAGUAAAACAAAGAUUUCCUUCUAAUCACAUUCAUCUUGGAAUGGACGAAGUAUAUGACAAAUGUUGGUAA